AUUAUAUUUAAGAUCGUAAGGUAAUUACAAUCACUAUCCAAAAUAAGAGCAUGGUCUUAGGCAAGGUAAAAAGAGAAGGGGAAAACAGUUUAUUUUUUUAUGCGUAAUAGAUUUGAUUUACUCCAAGAAUUUCAAAAAUGUCUAUGCGACCUGAUGACCAUAGACGCAAAUGGAAUAGAGAAGAAUAUGAAAGAAUAGCACUUCAACGUCUGCAGGAUGAAAUUGCAGAAGAAGAAUUGGGAAUUCCAAAGCAACCAGCAGUAAAAAGAGAAUUGCUCAAACAAAGAGAUUACAAAGUUGAUCUUGAAUCUAAAUUAGGAAAAAGUGUUGUUAUUAAUAAAAAUACUCCAUCAUCACAAACUGGAGGGUAUUAUUGUAAUGUUUGUGAUUGUGUUGUCAAGGAUUCAAUUAAUUUCUUAGAUCACAUCAAUGGCACCAAACAUCAACGUAAUUUGGGUAUGUCAAUGAAAAUAGAAAGAUCUACAUUAGAACAGGUUAAAGCUCGCUUUGCAAUGAAUAAAAAGAAAUUGGAAGAAAAAAAGAAAGAUUAUGAUUUAGAACAAAGAGUAAAAGAAUUAAAAGAAGAGGAAGAGAAAAUUAAAGAAUAUAGAAAAGAGAAAAGAAAAGACAAGAAAAGAAAAAUUGAAGAAGUCAAUGAAGAUAAUGGAGGACCUUCAGAUGAAAUGGCAGCAAUAAUGGGUUUCUCAGGUUUUGGUUCUAAAAAAAAGUGACAAUGAAAUAUCAUCGGAUCAUUUGAUAAAAUAAUGCCUUCUCAAGAUAUAUCUUAAGAAAAGAUCAUAAUUAAUUUCUUUAAAAUAUAUUUCAGAAUAUUGAAAAGUCAACAUUGAACACUACAAGAUCAGGGGUAAAUAAGACUGAUCUUAAUGUAAAAAUUUAGCUUUGUAAAUAUUUAAGUUUACAACAUAAUUUUAUUUAUUCCCUUUUUCUUGUAUGAUCAAUGUUUUGAAUGUACAAAUAAUUCUUAUUUCUAUCUAAUAUUGAACAACAAUUAAUUUCUUAAGCAUAAUGAAAGUAUGUUCAUUUAGUGAAUAAAAAAUACAGUAAAAGUAUUAUGAAA